AUGAGCACCCCCACUGAUGAGAACUGGCAACCUAAAGCCAUAGUCUUCGAUCUCCUCACCGGCCUCUUGAACUCCUGGGAUCUAUGGGACGCAUCAACCCCGUCCAAAACUCACGAAGACGGCGGCCGCUGGCGUCAGCGCUAUCUCGAAAUCACCUUUGGUGCUGGCUCCUACAAGCCCUAUGAGGAUCUCGUCAGACAAGCUGCUGCGGAAGUUGGUCUCCCCGCAUCAGCGCCCGAAGCGCUCCUCAAGAACUGGUCGAGCCUCAAAGCGUGGGAGGAAGUCCCCUCUGUUCUCCAAGCUUUGAAAGCCCAGGGCUAUAGAGUUGGUGUUAUUACUAAUUGUUCCAAGCACUCGGGAUAUUUCGCUAUUCAUGGUGUUGAGGAGCAGGCUAGUGUUGGUUUUGAAACGCCGUUUACUUUUGAUGCUGCUGUUACGGCUGAGGAGAGUGGGUUUUACAAACCUGUUAAGGAAGCAUAUCACGCUAUCCUGCCCAAGUUGGGGGUUGAAGCUGAGGAUAUUCUUUUCAUUGCUGGAAGUGCGGGGGAUGUUGAGGGUGCGACUAAUGCUGGGAUGAAGGUUGUUUGGCAUAACAAGAUUGGGUUGACAAAGAAGGGUAAUGCAGUUCCGUUGAGGGAGAGCAGGACGUUGGAUGAUGCUCUGAAGGGGUAUUUGACGAAGCGCGAGGAGUAA